UUAUUUAGCAUCAAUAGAAGCACCUAUUUUUUCAUCAAAAUCAUGUUUUAUUCCAAAUGGAAAUGCAUCAUGGAGUAGAGUAUUUACAGUAUUUAUUAACCCAUCUAGUCAAUGUCUUUCAAGUGAAAAUGAAUUAUGUGGUCCAAGCGAUCUAUUUAUUGAUAAUAUUCAUGAUACUCUCUAUGUUGUUGAUAAGAAUAAUGAUCGAAUACUAAAAUAUUUGUUAAAUGAAAUCUAUGACACAGAAGUAGGUGCAACCGGUAUUACUGUUGCUAGUAACAAUCUUUUUUUACCACAAUCUAUUUUCGUUGAUACUAAUACAGAAGAUAUGUAUAUUAUGGAUCUUAUUCAAAAAGAAAAUCCUGAAAGAAGUUAUCUCUUCUAUCAAGUUCUCAUAUGGAAGAAAAAUGAAAAUGAUGGAAAAAUUUUGAUAAGUGAAGAAGCUGAUAUUUCAUUUGGGGUACUUUCUCAUCAUCUUACAUUGGAUAAAGAAAUGAAUAUAUAUGUUGGAACAGGAUUUUUUAUUAAGAAGUGGUUAGCAUCAACAGGUUAUAUGGAAAAAAUUAUUGUUGCUGGAAAGAAUGAAAUAUAUCCGAGACAAUCGACUGAUGUAUAUUACCCAAUGGGGUUUGUUGUUACCGAUGAUUUGACAUUAUAUAUAGCUGAUACACGAAAUAAACGUAUCCAAAAAUGGACAGUUAAUGGAACGGAAGGUACGACAGUAGCAGGAAACUUAACGUAUGUUACUGGAAUAACAAUGGAUUGUAAUCGAUAUCUUUAUUUUACUGUGGCAUUCAAUCUUGUUUAUCAAUUAAAUAUUGUGACCAAUAAGAAGCAAAUAAUUCUAGGAAAUGAAGAUGAUUUGACAGAAAGCCUUCGUGAUCAGGCAAAUGUAAUUAAAUUUGAUAAAUUUGGUAAUUUUUUUCUUCUCAGAGAUAACCAAGUAUAUAAGUAUUCUAUUAUGCAGAAAUAAUAUCUGAAUUAUUUUUGAUAAAUCAUUAUUUUUAUGAAUAAAAAGAUUGUACAUAUAGUGUAUGUCGAGUUUUGUUCAAUGCGAUCAAUAUAUGAGAGUCGCUCUACGAUAUUUUUGGCUUGCUUUUGCCAGUCCAUAUAUUCAUAGAGUUAUUUGGUUGCUACCAAAUUUAUAUGAACUGGUUCAAAAUUACGUAGUUUGAUAUGAAUAUUGGUUGAUUGUAUGUGACGUCUUUCCAAUUUCUAGAAUCUCUCGUCAGUACUGAGA